GGAUCCUGGAUGGGACGGGUUUGGACAGCCUGAGAGUCACCACACUACUUCAGAAUGCACCUCAUCUCAUCGUACCUUAUCCCACCGCACCUCUCCCCACCGCACUGCAGAGCGAGGCUUCGGAGAAAGCGGGCUCAACAGCCAGCAUGCCGAAGAAAAGGGGCCGUCAAAGGUCAUCUCGUCACCGCUCCCGCACCGCCCGAGCUGAGCUGUCCUUCUCCGUGAGCCACAUGGAGCACCUCCUGCGCAAAGGCCACUACGCCCAGCGGCUCAGCUCGAAUGCACCAGUUUUCCUAGCAGCAAUCAUUCAGGACCUGACGUCCAAGGUCCUGGAGCUGGCAGGCAACGCGGCCCACAAUAGUGGUCAAAGGUGCAUCACCCCCGAGUUGGUGGACAUGGCGAUGCACAACAAUGCUCUGCUCAGCGGCUUUUUUUGGAUGACAAACAUCUCCCUGGAGGCCCCGGGUCCACAGUAGGUGCCCAACUACACCUGGGUACCCAGUGCCCAGUCCCUGGCCCCCAGACAGGCCUCCUCCGGCUGUCCGGUGCCAGGCCUGCCCACCGACUGAUUGCACAGGUCGGUGCCUUGGGCCCAGUAAUGUCAAAUCAAUAAAGAGUUUCAAG